GUUUGGGCUUCGGUCCACGUUGGUGCUUUUUCAGAUGCGGCUGGAUGUUCCUCCUUCCGCAAUGAAGCAGACGUCUCAGGUGGCUGGAUAUUGGUAGCGCGAAUCUCUCAGUGUGAGAUGCGGGAACACCCAGUGUGAGAUGUGGAAAAGAUGUGCGGGCUGUGACCCUCUGAGGUUGGAUCCUGGGACACCACCCAUGUCUAAAUCAGAUAAAGUGAAUCAGGGAAUCAAGUUGUCAGGGUUUAUGAGAAGUUGAGCGAGUAUUUCUGUUCUGUGCUCAGAUGUUUGGUUCUGAAGUCUCUUUGGAAGCAAAGCAGAGAAUGAGUUCCCAUUCCAUCCCUCACAGAGAGAGGCUGUGAUUAAAUUUGCACCAGUAGACAUAGACCGGGGUUUCAGAAAUCAAUUCACGUUUUGAAGUUCCCCCUCAUUCUCACCUGUCUAUCUGCCAGUGGGAGCCAAACAGAAACGCAAGAUGCUGAAGAUGGAACAGAACAUGGAACAGUACAUCACAGGAACAGACCCUUCGGCCACAAUGGUGUGCCAGACCAGCUGAAAAAUAAAUCAACCCCCGCCCCCGUAAAAUCUAGGGUUGUUGCAGGUGGGGUGAAGUUGGGGCGGCAGUGAUUAUUUACACCAACUGAAUAACAACAAGCCUGGAUACAUUGGGAAUGGAGAGUAUGUCUGGAUUAGACGGAGAGUCUGGGAUCUGAGAGUGCUGCCUCAGGAUAAAGAAACUUCACUUUCAAACUGAGAUGAGAGACAUUACUUCAGCCAAAGGUUGUUUGAUCUGUGGAAUUUAUCACCACAAACAGUGGUGGAGGCUAUCUUUGGGUAUAUUCAUGUUCUGGAUUGACAAAUAGGUUGAGAAUUAUAGCAGGAAGCAAGAAUACGGUGUUGGAAAGUAAUCCUCCAUGAUUGAUUAGAGAGCAGACUAGAAUGACUUUAUCACAUAAUUCUCCUGUUAUAAAUUAUGACUUGUAUCUUAUACUAUGACUGAAUGAUGACUUCCUUGUAUUCCAUCACGAGCAAGAGAAAAUCUUCAGAUGCUGGAAAUCCAAGCAACAGCCACAAAAUGCUGGAGGAACUAAGCAGCUGGAAGAGAGGAGCGUUGACAUCCAGAUGCUGCCUGGCCUGAUGAGUUCCUCCAGCAUUUUGUCUGUGUUCCUUUGUAUCCCAUAUCAGGUUUUGUAAAGUUUGAGGGACAGUUACUGAUUUCUUCACUCGGAUCAUGACAUAUGCGUUCAAAAUUUAAAUGUCAGGUUAACGCUUUGUUCUCGUUUGUUUUAGUAACAUAAUUCAUUACUUCUUUCGUUGAAGUUAGACCUGUGGUGAGAGAUUUAUUGGAAGAGACGCCCACAACUGGAUGCAAACCACAACUGAAAACAAGGGAACAGCAACAAGUGAACCAGCCCGAGGACGGAGAUCAUCAAUUCGACAGAACCCUUCUGACUCGGAGUUUCCAUUAAUUCAGUCAGGAGAAAGUUCGGUCAUUGCCAGCAGGUGGGGCGUGCUUCCACCCGGACGUCAGACAAACAGACGAUAAUCAACCAACGUCAGUCAGAGUCAGAAUGGACACGGAUCUGAACUCCGCCAUCUCCGCCUUCCUGUCAAAUUGUGACGAUCACCAACUGUUUUGGUUGACGAGAUUCUACAUGGAGCGACUGGAGCAGGCGAUUGAGGAGGGCGUGGAGGGAGUCAGCUUCAUGUUAAUGGGCGAGGAUCACUUCACCGGGCAGGAGUAUCACAGCGUGACUGAGCUCGCGAAGAAGGGAAACCGAGCGGGCGCUUCCAAACUCCUCCUGGAUCUGGUGAUGGAGAGAGGCUCCGGGGCCCGGAAGGUGAUGUGGGAAUCCUUUGUGAAACUGCACCACCAUUUACCGAAGCUGAGCAGAAUAUUGAAUGAAAUACGGGAGCGAGGUGACGGCCAGUUCGCCUACAUGGAAACUGAGCGGGAUUUCUCUGAAGUGCCCAAACAUCUGAAAGAUGUUCGAAGGAAACACAUGGAGACUCUGCGGACACAAACUGAAACACUGAGAGUGAACACGAUCCUGAUGAGGGAGAAGGUGAAGGUUUUCCAGCUGGUUGAUCGAUACGCUGAGCUCACGGUCAUUUCUACUGUUCGAGAUCGGACACUGGUGGAACAUGAGCUCCUGGCAAGAGGCAGAGAACACGAGGAGUGGAGAGAAAAAGGUCUCCGUGGUAAGCUAGAAAAAAUCCGGACUGAUCAGUUAUUCAAGAGGAGUUUUGUUCAGAAAUUGAAAAGAUCUAUCUUUAGAAACAAAUCAGGGAUGUCCGCAGCAGUGGCCGGAGUCCCAGGGAUCGGGAAAACAACAAUGGUACAAAAGAUUGUUUACGACUGGGCCGAGAGGAAGAUAUACCAACAAUUCCAGUUUGUCUUCAGUUUCAAAUUCCGGGAUUUAAACACCAUUAACUGCAGAAUAAACCUGAAGGAACUGAUUCUGGAUCAGUAUCCUUACUUUUGGAAUAUCCUGAGAGAGGUCUGGAAGAACCCAGAGGGAUCGCUGUUUAUAUUUGAUGGUUUGGAUGAAUUCAAGUACAGAAUCGAUUUUGCUGACAGUCGGAGAGAUACAGAACCCAAGCACCAGUGUCCAGAUCCCGAGUGGUGGUGCGAAGUGUCUGACAUUGUGUACAGUUUAAUCCAGGGCAAGCUGCUCCCAGGGUGUUCAGUGCUGGUGACCACCCGCCCCACUGCGUUACAUUUAUUGGAAAAGGCCGAUAUCAGUGUCUGGGCUGAAAUCCUGGGAUUUGUUGGUGAGGAACGGAAGGAAUAUUUUAUCAGGUAUUUUGAAGAUCAGACGGUGGCCGAAGCUGUUUUCAAUUAUGUGAAGGAGAAUGAGAUCCUGUACACCAUGAGCUACAACCCCUCCUACUGCUGGAUCCUCGCUCUGGCACUGGGCCCCUUCUUCACACAAAGAGUCAGGGACCCACAGCGAGUUCCCAAGACCAUCACCCAACUGUACUCCUACUAUAUUUACAACAUCCUGAAAAACCAUGGUCGUGAGAUUGAGAACCCCCGUGAUGUGUUACUCAGGGUUGGUCAGAUGGCCUUCAGAGGAGUGUCCGAGAGGAAGAUUGUGUUUACAGAUGGAGAUUUGAGCAAGUACAAUCUGCAGCCUUCCCAGUUCCUGUCUGGGUUCCUGAUGGAGCUUUUGGAGAGAGAGGAUUCUGCCCAAAGCGUGGUCUACACAUUCCCACACCUCACCAUCCAAGAGUUUGUAGCUGCAGUCGCACAAUUCCUGAAUCCACAUUCCGGGGAUAUCCUGAAAUUCCUCACUGAAGCCCACAACACAACAGAUGGGCGAUUUGAGGUAUUUCUCCGUUUUGUUGCUGGUCUCUCCUCCCCAAUGACAGCUCGGGGCCUGGAGGAGUUUCUGGGUCCAUUUCCUCAUCAAACAACCUGCCGGGUGAUUGACUGGGUGACGGAGGAGGUUAAACGCCAGAGUGGAAACACUUGGAGUGAAGCUGAUAAAAGGAGCCUCCUGAACACAUUGCACUACCUGUUUGAGUCUCAGAAUCGUGGACUGGCUCAGGCCGCUCUGGGAUCUGUGGAAAAACUUUCAUUCCGUGGAAUGACACUGACCCCGAUGGACUGCGCGGUCCUGUCUCAUGUCAUCGGACUCUGUGAUGCAAUAAAACACCUCGACCUGCAGGACUGCCACAUUCAGUGUGAAGGAAUCCAGCAGCUGGGACCCGGGCUGCACAAGUGCCAGGAGUUGAGAUUUGGGCGGAAUGACCUGGGAGAUUCAGGAGUGAAACUGGUGUCUGCGGCUCUGAGGAACCCGGAGUGUAAAAUACAGAUACUGUGGCUGGGGGAUGUCGGUCUCACAGAUUCUGGUGCCGAGGAUCUCGUCUCCGCUCUCAGUACAAAACCAUCACUGACGGGGCUGAACCUGAGAUCAAACUCGCUGACAGACCGAUCUGUCCCCUCUCUCCGCCGCCUCAUACAGACCCUCCCGAGUCUGGAGUGGAUCUGGCUGUGGGACAAUCCGUUCAGUGAGACCGGGGAGAAGGAACUGAGAUCUCGGCGGGGAGUCAGACCCGGACUGAGAGUGGAUCUGAACAUCUGAAUGUGGGGAAUCGGUUCAGUGAGACCGGGAGGAAGGAACUGAGAUCUCGGCGGGGAGUCAGACCCGGACUGAGAGUGGAUCUGAACAUCUGAAUGUGGGGAAUCGGUUCAGUGAGACCGGGAUGAAGGAACUGAGAUCUCUGCAGGAACCCAGACCCGGACUGACAGUGCAUCUGUGAUCCUGUGAACAUCUGAAUGUGUGAACAUCCCCGCCCGCGGGAUGGAGACAUUUGGCCGACUCCCCGCCCUCCCCUUUAACUCCCGCCCUUACCUUUAAGGGCCGCGCGCCGGGGCUGAUUCCCAACGGUUUUAACGGAACCGGCUUGGACCUCGCGCUGUGUGCGUCGCUCGCAGCGGUCCCGCAGUGACGUGUUUCCGCCUGUUGUCCGGCGGGGCAGCUUCCGCCGGAAGUGCGUGUUGGAGACUCCCCCACGUGGCGCCCCGGAGAAUGAUCCGUCUGCACCAUUCCAUCACUCAAUGAAUCCCACCCUGCAAAAUCUCAUUUCAAGGCGGUAGAACCAUCAGUUUGUGGGAGACUCCCGGAACUCCCGGGAGGGGUGGGAUGUCUGCAGUAGAGUAGCCCCUUAGCAGCCAGCCGGCUAGUUUAAAUAGCGUUAGCUAUGCUCAUGAACGAAUGACACCCGUUAAACUCACCUCAACAGUGAUUUAACCCACCAUGAGCAACAGAAAAGUCACUGUUGCAGACAGUGCAGAGAGCAACACUGUCAUUAUUCCUGACCCUAUUAGACAGGGGAACACUUCAGUGUCGUCUGGGGUGAAGUACGUUUUGUAUUUUUUUACUCUGCCAUGGCAGAGUAUUCAAUUCUCCCUCCCUCUCUCCCUCCCUUCCUCUCUCCCUCCCUCCCUCUCUCUCCCCCUCUCUCCCCCUCUCCCCCUCUCCCCCUCUCUCCCCCUCUCUCCCCCCUCUCUCCCCCCCUCUUUUUCCGGGAUAUUAUACAUCAUUUGCUGGCGUCAGGGAGCCGCUAUCAAUAUGCGGGAGAGGUGGGAUGUCCGACGCUUCACUUGAAAUGGCCGCUGGGGAGGGAGUGACGGCUUUGGUAGAAGUGAGCACAAGAGAGGGAGGGACGCGUUGCUUUAAAAUGGGCGAAUCCUUGGUUAAUGUGGCCGCCAGGGAUGGAGUGAGACACUGACUUACAAUGGCCACUGUCACACACAGAAUCUAUGGCGAAGGAACAUGCGGUGCCCAUGGAUACAAUCCCGGGAUCGAGUGUGAUAUUGAUUGUAAUAACAGCAUUUUAAUUUGUGUUUUAUAUCAUCUUCCAUAUUGUAUAUAUGUUUUAAUUCUAAUAAUUUUGUCAUUGAAUAAACUAAUGUAUAUAAGA